AUGCUAACCACCUCCUCUUCAGAACCCUCGUCUCGAAGAGCCUACUCAUCUUCUGCUCCAAACCCAUGGCACACCGCGCCCGCGAAACCCCCGACCACCCACCCGACCACCUCUGAGCCUCUGCCCGAACAGCUUCGCUCCAUCAUGCGGCUGCUCCCACACUCGGUCGUCGUGUGCACCGCAACCCAGCCCGGUCCCGACGGCGGCCCCCGCGCCAUGACGAUGUCGUCGUUUACAUCCCUGACGCUCUCCCCGACCCCGCUCGUCACAUUCAACGUCGCAACGCCGAGCCGCACCCUCGACGCCAUCCGCGCGAGCGGCGCCUUCGCGGUGCACAUCCUCGCGGGCGACGCCAACGGCGCCGCUGUUGCGUCGCACUUUACACGCGGGAACCUGGGGGGCCAUGUGCUCGAGGGCCUGGAGGACGUGACGUGCGACGCGGACGGCGCGGCGCCGGUGCUGCGCGGCGAGGGCGUGCUGUUCGCGCUGCGGUGCCGCGUGCUGGCGGAUGCGGCCGAGGGGGGGCUGGUGAGGGUGCGUGAUCAUGUCAUUGUCGUGGGCGAGGUGGUGGCCAUGGUGCCGGUGACGGGCGAGAAGGGCUUUGGGCUUGUGUAUGCGGAUCGGAAGUAUCGGCAGGUUGGGGAGGUAUUGGAGAAGGAAUGA